CCAUUCGCAUCAAACAUGGCAGCUCCCCAGAGCACGCGAGAGCAGUUGCUCCGGCUAGUCGACGACAUCGAAAUCAUUGCUAAGGAGCUGUUUGAGAACAUCAUUGCUCCGAAGAACCAGCGACUGUCAGCAGCGGAACAUGGCCAGCUUGCCGAAUUGCUAGUUGCCAAGGACGAAGAGCUCAAACAGACCCUGGUGAUCGCUGCAGGACAGGCAGAAGUCCAGAAAACGAUAAACAGCCUCCAAGAGGAGGUGGAAAAGCAAGACCACGACAUCCACUUGCUUCAAUGGCAGCUGAAGGAAGCGGAACACUUGCUGUCUACGGCUAUAUACCAGGCAAAGCAGAAACUACAGAGCAUCGAAAAGGCAAAUGCCCGAGCAGUUUCCUCAGAAGAGCUUAUAAAAUAUGCCCAUCGCAUCAGUGCCAGCAAUGCCGUGGCAGCACCACACAACUGGCAACAAGGUGACCCACGAAGGCCGUACCCGACGGAUAUAGAGAUGCGACAGGGUUAUCUUGGUCGGUUGAGUGACCUGCCUCUCACAGGGCCUACCCUUCAGCCACAGGGGAGCUUGGGAGACCUGAAUGCUGCCCGCCACCUUGACCAGAAUCCUCUGGGGCAAUCAUUUUCAUGGCAGAUUGGAGGAGAUAUCAAGCCACCCAUUUCCAGCAACCACAACUCUGUUGGUAUGGAUGCCAAAAGCAAAGAGAAUGAAGAUGUGGAGGUCAUGUCCACCGACUCUUCUAGCAGUUCUUCCAGCGAUAGCCAGUGAAGAGACAGUAAUUUUUCAUUGUAUAUAUCAACAAAGUGUGUUUGAGCAACCUGUA